UGAAGUUUCCUUGCAGUUUAUGAACAUUAUUCCCAUGCAAAUGCCUGAUGGGACCUCUUCCUUUUGACUUUACCAUUCCCAUUAUACUAAAACUGGCAGUGUUCUUUGACAAAAAAACAUCUUCCAAAUCAAAAGCACCGUUCUUUUUCAUUCAAACCUCUUAAUUUACCUCCAUCUCCCCUCUCUGCCUUUCUGGUUUUUGUUACUUUUCCAAGUGUUGAAACUUUGAAAAAAUUGGCUCCCCCAUGCAAUUCCAUUUCUAUGAGUUAGGUUCACCUGCCAAAGCCAUGGACUUUAUAAGAACCCCCCACACUCCCUCCUUCUUCAUCAACACUACCCGGAAAAUUGUUACAGAGCUUGUGGGUUCUUAGCAAUGGCUGAUUCAGGAUUCAGAGGAGUUUUGAUUUUGAGUUUGGGUUUGGGUUUGUUUAUGCUCUUUUUGGGCACUGCCUCAGCUCAACUCUCUACUGGUUUUUACUCUUCUUCUUGUCCAAAUUUGUUGUCCACUGUCAAAACCUCUGUUCGAUCUGCUGUCUCCAAAGAGGCUCGCAUGGGGUCUUCCAUUCUUCGCUUGUUUUUUCACGACUGUUUCGUCAAUGGAUGCGAUGGGUCAAUUCUGUUGGACGAUACGUCGAGCUUCACUGGAGAGAAAAAUGCUAACCCGAAUCGGAACUCCGCUAGAGGCUUCGAUGUCAUUGAUAACAUCAAAACCGCUGUUGAGAAUGCUUGCCCUGGCGUUGUUUCUUGUGCUGAUAUCCUCGCCAUUGCUGCUCGUGACUCUGUUGUUCUUCUAGGAGGGCCGAGCUGGAAUGUGAAGUUGGGUAGAAGAGACGCCACAACCGCGAGCCAGUCCCAAGCCAACAGCGACAUCCCCGCGCCAACUUCAACUCUUAGCCAACUCACCUCUAGAUUCAGCGCUCUCGGCCUCUCCAACACAGACUUGGUCGCUCUUUCAGGUGGGCACACAAUCGGACAAGCAAGGUGCACAACAUUCCGAGGUAGAAUCUAUAGCAAUGCCACAAACAUAGACAGUACAUUUGCAACAACAAGGCAAGGCAAUUGCCCCAGUGCCUCAGGCUCCGGCGACAACAAUUUGGCUCCUCUGGAUUUACAAACUCCAAAUUCUUUCGACAACAAUUACUUCAAGAACCUUCUUCAGAACAAGGGGCUCCUACAAUCAGAUCAAGUUCUCUUCAAUGGCGGAUCAACAGACUCCACUGUCCAAAACUACGCCAAGGCCCCUGCCCGAUUCUUCUCUGAUUUUGCUGCCGCCAUGGUCCGGAUGAGCGACAUCAGUCCUCUUACUGGCUCCAAUGGCGAAAUUAGGAAGAACUGCCGGAAGGUUAAUUAACCAAUGUUGCUCUGUUAUGUUCUUGCUUGAAGAAGAAUAACUUUUGUCAAAGAUUUAAAUUUGAAGUGUUUUUCGAUAUGGGUUUUGCGUCUACAAGAGGUUUGUGAUGAUUAAAGAACUUUAAUACUAAUAUUCUGUUGGCUGUUUGUUUGGAA